AUGCAGCGCCAGUUCACCGUCAUUCAAAGUUUUAUAGAACUGAUGGACUCUGACAGUGAAGACGAAGAGUUUGACGAUGUCGUCGCAAUUGUUGCGCUCAGACUGACUAGGUUGAACCGCAACAGAAUCCCUAGGUACUGCGAAGAAGUUGUGAGUCGGUACUUUGAUUUUGAAUUUAAGAGGCUUUUCCGCCUAUCGCGUGAGACAUUUGAUAGGCUCGUCGCAAGGUACAUGGCGUCCCCAUUUUUUCCGUACGCGACAAGAGGGCGACCAAGGGUCAGUGUUGAAAAGACAUGCUUGGUGCUUUUGUGCUACUUGGGUGGACAGUGCAGCAUGUACUCUUUGGCCGACCGCUUCGACAUUGCCGUGUCGACCGUACACAGUUUUGUCGAGAGAAUUUUGGGUUUUCUGAACAGCGUGAGUGCGGAAGUGAUUGCGUGGCCCGACAGACAGGAGCAGGAACGCAGCAAAGCCGGCUUCCUAGCGAAAAGCGACGGCAAGGGGCCUCAAAACACCGUAGGGUGCAUAGACGGCUGCCAUGUGGAAAUUAACAAGCCGACGGAGUCGCCUAACUCCUACUACAAUAGGAAAAAAUUUCCCUCAAUUGUCCUACAGGGCAUUGCCAAUGAUAGAAACAAGUUCUUAGACGUUUUCAUUGGCUUCCCUGGCUCGGCGCACGACGCCAGAAUUCUUUCCGAAAGCCCAUUUUUUGGAGACGCUGCAACGAAGUGUAUCAGUGGCUAUCGUCUCGGAGAUUCUGCUUACCCGCUGUUGCCGUGGCUAAUGACGCCUUAUCGUGACAAUGGGCAAACUUUCCCUUUGUGGAAGAAAAAGUUCAACAAAGUGCACUCGCAGCAAAGAGUUGCGAUUGAAAAUGCCUUUGGAUUGUUAAAACAGCGCUUUAGACGGCUGUAUUUUGUUGAUGCUGCCAGCAUUAAGCAAUGUGUCCUGAUCGUCAUGGGAGCAUGUGUACUGCACAAUCUGUGCAGUGAAGAGAGGGACUUCUUUGAUGAACUACAGCACCUGCCUCAGCAAGAUGAUGACGACGACAGUGAUGUGAACACCGACAUAUUCGUUGACCGUCAUGUGGCAGGCUUCAGCGAGAGCCUGCGAAAGGAUAUCGCACAGAACCAGUGCUGA